UCUUCCUAAACGGCGUAGUUAGCUCUUUCAGCUUAUCUUCUAAUUUUCUCUGUUUCGUUUCAGAUCUUUCUCCUCACUCAGGCAACUCUGCUUCUGGGCAUCUCACGGGUAUCUCUAGUCUCGUUGCCGUCGCCAUCGCCGACGAGGCUAGCAGCGGCGGGUUCCCUUUUUCAUUCUUUUUCUUCCUCCUCUCUCUGGUGCCUUCUCUCAUUCCAUCUCCUCUUAUGGUGGGUGAUUAUAUGGUUAAAGUCAAUGGCUUCGCAGGUGUAGGCCCAAAAGUUUUUCUCUAAUUUUCCUCAAUUUUUUGGAAGCAAAGGAAGGGAUGUAAUAGUCCUCCUUAAUUUUUCUCCAUAUUUUUCCUUAAAUCAAAAUUUUCCUCCAAUUUGUCCAACCUCACCAAAUACAAGAAAGUACAAUUCAAGAAUUUUGUUUUCUUUUCUCUCGUGUUUUCCAUGAGCCAGACCGGGCCGAAGAUUGUUUAUAUUUGAUCUGUCUGAUCUUCAUAAUUGCGGAGUCUCUCGAUUAUUUUGAUUUUCUUUCUGCUUCAGGUUUCAAGCUGUCGUUUUCCAAAUAGUUGGAGCUGCUGUGUCAGCAAAAGACGCCUCUUGAAAUUUGAAAGGAGAAAUAAGCCUCCUGUACCACAUUGGAAAACCGGACCUCCAACUCAACUUCUGCUUCUAAAUGCCUAUCCCUCAGACUAGAAAUAUUGGCCUUCCAAUGAUGAAUCUUUUGAGAUUCAAAGGAUUGCCUAUUUUGCAGCAACUACAUAUAGAGGAGCAACUGCUUCGGACCUCAUCAGAGAAUUGGUGUAUCAUCAAUGAUGGAACUAAUGAUCCUACCAUUGUAAUGGGCGUUUCGGGGAAACCUGCUGAACUUCUUGAAAUUGAAUCCGUGUUACGCGAUCAGGUUCCUGUCAUAAGAAGGUUUACAGGUGGAGGUACUGUUAUUGUUGACUGUGGGACAAUAUUUGCCACUUUCAUAUGCAACAAAGAAGCAGUGCCUGACUUACAGCCAUAUCCUCGACCAAUCAUGUCUUGGAGCAGCUUAUUAUAUGGCAAAGUCUUUCAAGGAAUUGGUGAUUUCCAUCUUCGUGAAAAUGAUUAUGUAUUUGGUAACCACAAGUUUGGUGGAAAUGCCCAAUCCAUUACCAAGAGUAGGUGGAUCCAUCACACUUCAUUUUUAUGGGACUUUGAUGUCAGGAACAUGACUUACCUGAAACUUCCUAAACGAGCACCUGAAUAUCGAUCGGCAAGGGGCCAUUUGGACUUCAUAUGCUGUAUGAAGGAUUACAUGCCAAGAUCAACUUUCAUUAAUAAAACUGUGGAGGCAACUGGAACCCAGUUUUCACUGAGGUCUUAUCCAUUGGAAGCGAUUGAAACUGGCUCUGAAACGGAAUUCUAUCCCUCAACCAGGUUCUUGACAGACGAAGAAUUGGAGGCAGCUGCUGCUGCAGGGCAAUAACUUUGGCUGCCCUGAGGAAUCAGUUGUAUUGCUCUUUACAAUUGUGGCUUGGCAGAGGGGAGCAUUUCGCUGUCUGCUACUCUGCUUAAAUUUUUUUGUUGGGAUUAUCACGAUUCAUGAGGUGGACAACUCAAUUUUAAUCAUUAUACUGAUCCAUGUUUGAGGUGACGAUGAAAACAAAAAAAUCUAUAGAUGAGGUGAGGAAAUAUGACAAGCCCUUGACUCGGGCUUUCACUCCGUAACACUUGUAAGAUCUUUCAAUUGGGAGUUGAGACUCAAUGGUUUAUUAAAUACACUUGAGUAAUUAAUUUAUGACGCUGAGGUGAGGAUAGGGCAAUCUCUAAUGCUGAAAGGCAAAAAUUGUGUAUAUCUAUCAUCCAGCACCAAAAAUCUACUCAGAAUGGAUGGCAA